AUGAAUGAUAAAUAUCAACAAUCAAAUAUUAUUCGUCGAUUUUGUAAAGAAUACAAUAUCGAAGUUCAAGAUAAACCCAUACUAACAUCUGUUUCUCGAUCUGAACGAAUAGAAAAUAAUGAAUUAUUAGUUGACGGUGAUACUACAAAUGAUAAUAAUAUUCACGUGUUGCAAUUUUCACCAAUUUCACCUGAUCAACAAAGUCCAUCAAAGAGAAAAGCAAAUCAAAUAUAUGAAUCUGAACAAUCACUUACAGAAAAUUAUCCACCAACUAAAAAACUUGCACGAGCUACUCGCCGUAAACGAUGA